UUAAUUUUAGCAAUUUUAAUCAUAAUUUAAUACCUUCAGAGUUCAGCGUGCGCACGUUUCUGUGGACCGCACCGUGCGGUGACUCGAACCGCUGUAAAUCCUCGAUAUUUUGAAACUGAAAAUAAUAGUGAACUGAUGUUCGAAUAUUAGAGUUUGUCAUAGGACUCUAUUGGAUUAAAUUUCUUCAGUUUAUUACUUGGUGCUGAGUAUCUACUACCAAAUUAUAAUCAAGUAAAUUUUCAAGAUGAUGGAUGAUAUAAGAGAAAACGGACAUGACAAAAUAUGUUAUAGACUGGUAUUAACAGGAGGUCCCUGUGGUGGAAAAACUACUGGUCAAACUAGGCUGUGCACAUUUUUUGAAAAUCUUGGAUGGAAGGUUUUCAGAGUUCCAGAAACUGCAUCGGUAUUACUUAGUGGUGGCAUUAAGUUUAGUGACCUAAAUGAAGAUGAGGCUAUGGAAUAUCUUCAUAAACUAAGCAAAUGGGGCAAACCUUUGGAAUUUAAGGGUGAUGCUGUUCAUUUCCAAGAGAAUCUUUUGAAAACGAUGAUCCAAAUUGAGAAUACGUUUUUUGAACUUGGCCGUACCUCAUCUAGGAACUGUCUGAUCAUUUGUGAUAGAGGAACGAUGGACGCUUCAGCGUUCAUCUCUAAAGAAAAAUGGGAAACGAUCAUGAGAGACAAUGAUUGGAACAAUGUCGAGCUGAGGGAUAACAGAUAUCACCAGAUCAUUCAUAUGGUAUCCGCAGCGAAGGGGGCCGAGGAAUUUUAUUCAACAGAGGAACACAGUUGUCGAUCAGAAGGAGUCGAGCUUGCUCGUGAGUUGGAUUCGAAAGCAGCAGCCGCUUGGAUUGGUCAUCCUUAUUUUGAUGUAGUGGAUAAUUCUACUGAUUUUGAGGGAAAAAUAAGAAGAAUGAUAGGAUCAGUAUGUCAGAAAGUCGGUCUCGAUACAGGGGACAGAUUACUGAAAAACUCAAAGAAAAGAAAAUUUUUGGUCAAAGGUCCCCUUCCAAGGAGUUCAGCGUUUCCUCCUUACCAAGAUUUCGAAGUCAUUCAUAAUUAUUUGACUUCGAAAUGUCCUAAUCAAGUAAGAUUGAGGAAAAGAGGGCAAAAAGGUCAUUACAGUUAUAUUCAUACUGUAAGAAGGAAAAAUGAGCCUAGUGGUCAAAUCAUUGAAGUAAAAACACAGAUAACGCAUAGAGACUACAUCAACUUGUUGACACAGAAGGAUGAUGGUCAUUUCACAAUAUACAAGCAAAGAAGAUGUUUUCUUGUGAAUAAUCAGUAUUUUCAACUCGAUAUUUAUCAGCAACCUAGUCAUCCCAGGUGUAAUGGACUUAUGCUUCUAGAAACAUACUCUACACUUGAUGACGAAACCUUAAUGGACUCAUUGCCGAAGUUUUUACACAUUGAAAAAGAAGUGACUGGAAAUCCAGAUUAUUCAAUGUACAACCUCUCUCUUAGGGAAGAUUGGACUACCUCUAAAAAUUUCUGGAAUUCUUCUAUUGGAGAUGUUUCAUGCAAUGAAUAUGCGGUAGCAGAUUCUAAAGUGAAUGGACAUGGAAAACAGAUGACAAACGGUACACGUCCAGAAGAGACGGUAUAAUAUGGUAGCAACAUGUAGAUAGUGUAUUAUUUCUCAAUGUAGUUAAUUUUAUCUUCGUGUACUUAGAAAAUCAAGUAUUUCUCAAUCACUGGUUUACUUAGACUAGAUCGAUAUUUUACAUAGAAUAAGUUAUUCUGUACUAAACUUGGAACAUAAAUAUAUACAUGGAAUGGAAAAUAAACAUUUAUUGUGUCCAAAGACUGGAGUUAUAUAGUUGCUUAGUGUCGCCAAACACGAAAGAGAAAAUUUACUUGGGCACUGUUGUCCAUCAAUUUUUCAAAACGAAAAGUAUAAAUUUAUCCAUGUAACACAACUGCCUUAGUGUUGGACAAAGAAGUAUCGAAUGUGUGGACGAUAACAAAUGAGAUCGUAGCAUUGCAAUGGCCAUUCCAUGUAUCCAAGUUCCAAGAUACUCAAAAAUAUUUAAUAUUUUUAUCAUUUGGAUGUUAUUUAUUUCACCAUAUUCGAGAGCACAGACUAUCCCAUUGAAAUCUAUAUAUAUAUUGUUUUUAUUCUCAAACUUUUUGUUUGUAACCAUUUUCGAGGGAAAAACAAUAUUUUCAUGUGAUUAAAAAUUCUUGAAGAUGUGGCGAGAUGAGAUGGCAUUUUAGGAUAUGUAGAGGAAACUGGGACAUUCUCAUCAUGUGGAUAAUUCAAAAAUUAUCUUCUACAACUGAUGACUUGAAUAAGCUUUUUCUAGCCAUUUGGAUUUUUGCAUACACAGAGGCAGGUGAUCACAAUAAAGCUAGUUUUCUAUUUGGAGAACUCUGCUCUUGAAAUGGUAGUGUUAUUGUUGUUUAUUUAUAAAAUAAUUCAUUUCGAGUCCUCAUUCAUCUCAUAAUAUUCAAUGUUGUUCCACCAAUUUCAUCCACAAUAAUAUAUACAGGAAAAUCAACAUAAAAAACAAUUAAUACAGUAUUUUUGCAAUGUGUAUUUUCAUAAUGAUUUCAUAUGUACCUGCUAUUACAUGUGUUUGCCUUUUACUAAUAUUCAAUUCGUAUGUCUGUUCUGUAUUAUAAAUGAAUAAAGUAUUAUUUAAAAGAA